AUGUGGGAAGAAUUCCCUGCUACAGUUAGAACCAUAAACAGCAUCCACAGCUUGCUGGUAAUGGUUAACGAGUUUAUUAUACGAAAAGAUGGUAAGAAAGUUGUGGAUUUUGCCCUGCAACAACUUCCUGAGAACAUUGAGUGUGUAAUGCAGGGGCAGAAACUCUAUUCCAGGUUAAUCGACUUCACAAAUACGUUAUCACGCGAAAAAGACACAAUGCAGAUUACUACCGCAGAUUCUACAACUAUAAAUGAUCAAAUAUCCAAAUUAUCGCUUAAAAAACAACCACAGAUGCGCACAGUUAGGGUAUUCAUCGAUGGCGUGUUCGAUUUACUCCACUCUGGGCACUUAAACGCUCUUAGACAGGCCAAAAGAUUGGGGCAUAUAUUGGUAGUUGGGGUCAACUCUGACGAUGAAGUGGAAAAGGCCAAAGGUAUGCGGCCUAUUUAUAACGAGAAUGAAAGGGUGCAGCUGCUCAAGGGAUGUAAAUGGGUUGAUGAGGUACUAAUUGGCACUCCAUAUACCGUAACACCCAAAUUUUUGGACGAAGUGGCAAAUUGCGAUUUCGCUACACAUGGAGAUGAUAUAGCCUUAUCAAAUUCAGGAGUUGAUGUAUACAAGGAAUGUAGGGAGGCCAAAAGAUUAAAGAUAUUUAAACGCACUAGGGGCGUAUCGUCUUCUACUACACUUAAAAGAUUACUUGAUUCUAUCAAAAUGGGAAGGUUUAAUAUCUUGAAUGGAGAAUCGGAACCGCAUAAAUGUAUAAAUGUUAAUGAAGAGUCGCUAAGAUUUCCCAAAUACUAUCUAAGCUCUGCUAGGCUAUUGAAGUUCAUGAAAGAUGGCAACGAUGGAUGCAUACUGUGUGACGGCGACGAGUUGUACAGUUCAUCAUUUGAGCGAUUUGGAGAUAAAAAAGUGGUAUACAUUGAUGGUUGUUUUGACAUAUUUCAUUUGGGGCAUUUGCGUGCUAUUGAAGUUGCUAAAUCAAUGGGAAAUUACCUCAUUGUUGGGUUAUAUGACGAUGAAACUGUCAAAUCAAUAAAGGGUGAACCAUUUCCCUUCACGAAUUUGUUGGAGCGCGCCUUAACAUUAUUAGCCAUGAAAAAUGUUGACGAAGUGAUACUGGGUGCCCCGUAUAUUAUUACGAAGAGAUUUUUGAAGGGGUUACAAGUUGACAUCGUCGCCAGCGGCCAUAGCUCUGACGAACACCUGUAUCAUAGGAGUCCGGACCCCUAUGCCAUACCUAGACAAAUGGGUAUACUAAACUAUUUCGAUUCUGGUAGCAACUGGACGACUAUGGAUAUUAUUGAACGAGUUGCGGAGAGAAGUUUCUACAUUUGCGACAAUGUGGAGAAACGGGUACUAAAGGAGAAGAUGUUUUAUCAAGAUAAGGACAUGGGCCCAUUCGAUAUCCAAGAAAAUUGA